AUGGCAGGAGAAAACAACUCCAAGGUAGACCUCGGGUCCCAGGAUGGUCCCAGGAACUUCAGCCAGCAUGAGGCAUCAGUGCAUCCCCAUUCCUGGUCUCUGGAGAUGCUGCUACGCAGACUGGGGGCCAAGCAGGAUGACAAGUUUGCCAACAUUCUGGAUGCAGUGGGGGAGUUUGGCACAUUCCAGCGGAGGCUGGUGGCCCUCACCUUCUUCCCUAACAUCCUGUCAGCCUUCUUCAUGUUUGCUGACCACUUCGUGUUCACAGCCCAGAAGCCCUAUUGCAACACCAGCUGGAUCCUGGCAGUGGGCCCCAACCUGUCAGAGGCAGAGCAGCUGAAUCUGACUCUACCCCGACAGCCCAACGGCAGUUUCCGGACGUGCCUUAUGUACUUGCCUGUGGACUGGGAUCUGGAUUCUAUCAUCCAAUUUGGCCUUAACCACACAGAAACAUGCCAAGAUGGAUGGAUCUAUCCUGAUUCCAAGAGGCGAUCACUGAUCAAUGAGUUUGACCUGGUAUGUGGCGAGGAACUGCACAAGGAUGUUGUACAGACCAUAUUCAUGACGGGCUUGCUGAUAGGGUCUCUCAUCUUCGGGAUCAUAAGUGACAAGUUGGGUCGCUACCCUACCAUCCUGCUGUCGCUGCUGGGGCUGAUCAUCUUCGGCUUCGGGACAGCCUUCGUAAACAGCUUUCACCAGUAUCUGUUCUUCCGCUUCAGCCUCUCGCAGGCAGUGGUGGGCUAUGCCAUCAGCAGUGUGUCUUUAGCCACCGAGUGGCUAGUGGGCGAGCACCGGGCCCAUGCCAUCAUCCUGGAACACUGCUUCUUUGCUGUGGGGAUCAUGUUCCUGACGGGGCUUGCCUACAGCCUUCCCCACUGGCGGCUGCUGUUUCUGGUGGGUGGGGCACCUGUGUUCCCCCUCAUCUCCUAUAUCUGGAUUCUCCCGGAGUCCCCGCGAUGGCUGAUGAUGAAAGGGAAGGUGAAGGAGGCCAAGCAGGCACUGUGCUAUGCAGCUAGCGUGAAUAAGAAGAUCAUUCCUUUAAAUCUGCUGGAUGAGCUGCAGUUGCCUGGAAAGAAGGUGAAUACAGCCUCUGUCUUGGACUUCUAUAACAAUAGGCACCUCUGCAAGAUGACCUUGGUGAUGGGCUGUGUGUGGUUCACCAUCAGUUAUUGCUACUUUACGCUGAGCCUCAAGAUGAGAGAUUUUGACGUGAGCAUACACUUCAGACAGUUGUUCCCCAGCAUCUUGGAAGUGCCUGCCAGGCUGUGCUGCAUCCUUCUCCUCGAGCGGAUAGGGAGGAAGUGGAGCCUGGCUGUGACUGUCGUCCAAGCUGCCAUCCUGUGCUGGCUUCUCCUUUUCCUCCCCGCAGAGCUGAAAUCCAUAGUGAUCUCUGUGAUUGUGCUCGGGGAGUUCAGCCUGGCUGCCGCUGUCACCGUGUUCCUCAUCUACACUGCUGAGCUCCUCCCCACUGUCCACAGGACAACAGGUCUGGGUCUAGUGAGUCUGGCCUCCGUGGCUGGAGCCAUCUUGUCUCUAACGCUCAUCACCCAGACCCCCAGCCUCCUGCCCAUCUUUCUCUGCUGCAUCUCAGCCAUCCUGGCCUUGUCCUUUUCCUCCCUGCUGCCGGAAACUCGAGAUCAGCCCCUCUCCGACAGCCUGGAGCACCUCACCUUGUGGAUAAGGUUGGAUCCUAGGGAUCAGGAUCCCUCCCGGGCUCAUGGCAAAGCCUGGUUGGGGCCCUGUGGGAAUGAGAAAGCCCCACCUCUCAAGAAUGCAGAGCAGGGCAUGGCUGAAAGUGCCUCAGUCACUGCUUUUCUCAGCACCCUGAGAGAUGUGAUCCAGGACCUGCCCUCCUACCACUCCCUCCAGAAGAGGAGCCAGGAAACUGCAACUGAGGAUACACUGUCUGAUGAUGUGUCCGAGGAAACGGUGAAGAACACGAUUCUCAAUGCCCAGAUCCUGAAUGUGGACUCACACCUCUCCAACACUGCCUUGGAGCAACCCACACACGAGGAAGCAGACAGUCAGGCUCCCUGA